CAAAGGUCCGUGCGCAUGUGCGAGGGGCGAGAGAGAAAAAAACCAGACGGGGCCUUCGCGCAUGCGCAGCGGGAGGGAGCGGCGGCGACGUGAACGCGCGGCGCCGUCCGUUGUGUGUCUGGGGGUGCGCGCACGCGCACGCGGCGAUUGUCCAGCGCCGCGGAGCCGCUCACACCCGAGCCGAGCCGAGCCGAGCCCACACACCGGCCGCUGCGUCGUCGUCAGCGGGGCCGGGCCGAGCCGAGCCGACAGGCGGCAUGUCGGAGGACGGCCGCCACUACAGCGAGCACGAUGAUCGUGUUGGAAAUUUUCCGGUCCGUAAAAAGAAGGGACGUGGUCCAUUCCGGUGGAAGAUGUACAGUGACGUCAAUCACAAAUCGAGGAAUCGAGGCGGUGGAGGGCCCAACCCACGUUCACGGUUCGAGGAUGAAGACGGUGACGUGGCUAUGAAUGACCAUGACUCACCGAGACCACGGUUUUCACCCUAUGGUUCCAGACCAUCCCGACGCCCAGAUAGUUGGCAUGACCGUGAUGGAGGACCCUCUAGUAUUCAGGUUACUGUGAAGCAAAAUUCCGAGAGGAGUGCAAGUAACAACGCCAAUAAUCGGAAGAACUGGUUUAAAAUCAUUAUUCCCUAUGGAAAGAAGUAUGAUAAGGCCUGGCUUUUGUCAAAUUUGCAGUCCAUGUGUACUGUUCCCUUUACUCCUGUUCAGUUCCAUUAUGAUGGUAAUAAGGCAUCGUUCUAUGUCGAAGAUUCUACAACUGCAAAUGCUCUGAAACAGGUAUCCAGAAGAAUUGUUGACAAAGAUUUGUACCGGGUUUCAAUCAUCAUAAACCCAUCAGUGCCACCAUCUUCCGUCUCAAAUGAGCUCAAGUUAGAAGAAAUUGAGCACAUAAAGCAAUGCAUGAGUAAGCGUUAUGAUGGAUCACAGCAGGCCCUCGACUUAAAUAGCAUACGCAGUGACCCAGACCUCGUCUCCCAGAACAUUGAAGUGGUGUUAAACAGAAGGAAUUCCAUGAGCACGGUUGUCAAAAUAAUAGAAGAAAACAUUCCAGAGCUGCUCUCUCUCAACCUGGGCAAUAACAAGCUGUACAAACUAGAUGACCUGGCAGACCUGAUCUCUAAAGCUCCCGGUUUGAAAAUUUUGAAUCUUUCCAGAAACGAGCUCAAAUCCGAAAGAGAUCUGGACAAAAUAAAAGGCUUCAAGCUGGAAGAGCUUUGGUUGGAAGGGAAUCCGCUUUGUGGCAACUCGGAUCAGGCUACCUAUGUCAGUGCGGUCAGGGAAAAAUUUCCAAAGCUGCUCAGACUGGAUGGCCAUGAGCUCCCUCCUCCCAUUUCCUUUGAUCUUGAAACACCAACCACACUUCCUUCAUGCAAGGGUAGUUACUUUGGUACAGAGGAAAUCAAGGUUCUUGUGUCACGCUCAUUCAGCAGUAAGUACUACUCGGUGUAUGAUUCAAUGGACAGGCAGGGGCUGCUGGAUGCUUAUCAUGAUACGGCCUGCUGUUCGCUGAGUAUCCCCUUCUCGCCACAGAACCCUGCCAGGAGCAGUUUGGGAGAGUAUUUCAAAGAAAGCAGAAACGUGAAGAAGCUGAAAGAUCCAACACUUAGGGCGAGGUUGUUGAAGCACACCAGACUAAACGUUGUGGCUUUUCUCAACGAGCUCCCAAAGACUCAACAUGACAUCGCUUCCUUUGUUGUGGACGUCAGCACACAAACGAAUACACUGCUCUGUUUCACUGUACACGGAGUUUUCAAAGAAGUCGAUACUAAAUCCAGGGAGUCUGUGAGGGCCUUCUCGAGGGUGUUCAUUGCUGUGCCUGCUGGGAAUGCAGGGCUGUGCAUCGUGAACGACCAGCUUUUCAUCAGGAACGCCACCACCGAAGAGAUCCGCAAGGCCUUUGUGACCCCAGCGCCCACGCCGUCGAGCAGUCCGGUGCCCACCCUCACUGCCCCCCAGCAGGAACUGCUUCAGAUUUUCUCCCAGCAGUCUGGCAUGAACAUAGAGUGGUCACAGAAAUGUCUGCAAGACAAUGAGUGGGACUUCAAUCAAGCGGCGCAAAUCUUCACACAGCUCAAGGCUGAAGGAAAAAUCCCUGAGGUAGCGUUUGUGAAGCAGCUAUGAAGAGAAACAGUGUUACACUACCCUUUCAGGUCUGAGGCUUGAAUCAUAAAGCCAGGACUCUGCAUUUUCUUAUUAAGAGCUAAAAAAAAAUCCCUUGUAAAUGGUACUCAACAAGUCUAAUGUGAAGUUUGUCAACAUUUGGCCGCAUUAUUUUUCUAGUACAUUGCAGUUAUUUCUAGGUUUAGCCUUACAAAUGUUAAAGUUCAUUGUAUUUUUUUUUGAGUUGUGUGAAGUCCGUGUAGUUUGUGUUUUCAAAUAAUUUUUUUAUGGGUUGAAGGAUGGGUGGGGACUGGGAGGUGGGGGGAGGGGGUUGGGGCAGUGAGGGAGGGGGUGCAGAGGAGAGGAGGAAAGCAAGGACGUGCCUGUGACAAGUUUUCAGCUUUGAAAGUAACACACACGUGUAAAUCGUUUCCACCUUUUGGUUCCUUCAAGAGCCGCCAGACCCAGAACUUCCCACUGGAGGUGAUUUGGGUAAUCUCGGGUUCGUUCAGCUAUCGCUGCCUGGGCGUAGACUUCAGGUUGAACCAUUUGUCCCUGAAUCCACAGCAGCUUUUUUGUCAUGAAGGUGAUUCCACCACCCCCCCCCCCCACCCCGUGAACAUAGCUGGGCACCCCACCUCUGAGACCAGAGUGCUGUGGAUGCCUUUAUUGAGCUUUCUCUACUGCCUUUGAAGCCAUGCUCAAAAUGAAGCGCAAGGUUGUCACGUUAUUAAAAACAGCAUCUUAAUGUUGUACUGAUGAAACCCCAAGGCCAUUUCAGGACACUCCUAGACGUGGUACUCCUGUGGUAACUUCUGCCCACUCAAAGUAGUAAAUAAUUGCAGCCUCCAAAGUGUGUUAUACUUUUCAAAAAAAAAUUACGUAUUUUAUAAGCCAACCCCCAAGAUUAUUAUUCCAUUUCAAUGAGAUUAAAGGCAUCACUGUAUUAAUAGAAGGGAUAUCCAUUGAGGGAGUUUUACACCAAAGCAAAAUACUGUUGAUUGUUAGAACUCUGAAAUGGUAGGUUUGUGUUUAGUGCAGUUUUCAAUGGAAGAUGUAUAUUUAUGGAUAUCUACAGUGGAAGGUUGAGGUAUACAGAAUUCAAACCCAAACUUCAGACAGAUUCUAUGGCAAGAUGGUGAACAGGCAGCACUUCAGACCUCACUGACUGGAAUAUCUGAGCGCUUUAACUGAUUUUAAUAUUCAGCGUUAACCUCAUAAGCUACGUUUUUGUUUCCUCUCUAAUCUCGACGAUUCAAACAUUUUGAAACCAAGCUACAAUUUUCCAUACAUUUUUUUUAAACCCCUCUAAUAACUGACCAUGGUCAAGUCCCAGCCAGAGCUGGUUCUGGUCUCACGUCCCCCACAUUGAUCAGAUGGCCCAAGCUGAAGAACCAAAUGAAGUGUGUGAAAGCUGCUCAGUGUCUGCCUGAAAAGCCCAUAAAAACUAAUUUUAUAUUUUCCUUCUCUCUCAUCACCCCAGACACGUUUCAGCUCGCCUCUUGCCCCCAUCUUCCUCGACACAUCUCAUAAUACUCUGGGCACACAGCAUGACUAAGCAAUCGCCCUUCAAUGCAUGUAUCUGACUUGCUACUAAGUGCCUCCCUGUUCAUUGAAUCGGUAAAAUGGGGAUACAAGUUCUAACCCACUAUGUUAAAUCCAGAGCAGUACUUCGGAAGUCGCCACUGUCCCAGUACAGGGAUAUUUCGGUGAGCGCUUGAGGAUCGGAGGCAGCGCGUUUGGCGAAUCUCAGGGCUCAGCAGCCUUCCAGAGCAAUCUCGGCUCCCGUUUCCACAAGUGGGCUGACCCGUGGGCUUUAGAGCAGAAGUGAAGCAUUUCACCUGGGGCGGAGGGAAGGGGAGGGAGGAAGCACUGGGAGCCUUUGUUACAUUGCUCCUGCUUUAAAGCAUGGCUCGAUUGGUUGUGUGGUGGCUCCUGAUACACACAGCGGCGAGUUCCAGUGUCAGUCUCGAAUGGGGGGUGUAACUUUCAACUGGGGUUUGGGGGAUCAGGAGGAUAGGGUAAUUUGGG